AAAAAAAUUUCUUAUCAAAAUUAUUGACAAAAUUUACAGCAAUGUACGAAUAACUAUCCAUCAAGGUUUCCAAAUUCUUUAUUUACUUACCUACAAUUCAAGCUUAUUUUUUCAAAUUUCAAAAAUUCCAGUAAACUUGUAAAUUCUAUUGAAUACACCAAAGAGCUACUGACUAUCAAUAUGAGGGAAUGUGUGUCAGUACAUAUAGGUCAAGCUGGAGUACAGAUGGGCAAUGCCAUUUGGGACCUAUUUUGUUUGGAGCAUCAGAUCGACCAAGAUGGCAAACCAGCAAAUCCAGAGUCGAAACCUCCAUUCACAGAGGAUCAUGAACUGAACGCAUUCUUCCAGAGACUGCCAAGGAUAAAUUAGUUCCAAGGGCUAUAUUUGUUGAUCUAGAGCCAAGUGCUAUAG